CAUUCAUGCGAACAUGUGAUAGAAUCGCCGAAAGCUGUCUUGUCCUUACAAAGGCAACUUUACUACAAAAUUCCUGUAGUUCUGUUGGCGAUGGGCUGUGGUCACAGCAAAAUCAAUAUAUACCCGAGGAAGAAUAAAAACAAGUCCAGUUCGAAGAAGUCAGUUACCGCAGAUAAAACAGAAUCUGAGGAAGAAGACGGUUUGGAGACGGAAGCAGAAACAUCUGAAGUUAUAGAAGACUGCGACCAGCAUAAAUCGAAUAAGUUCAAAUCACUGGGUGGACCUCUUCUAGCCCAACCAGAAAUAUCCAAUAGCCAAAGAGAUUUUUUCAGAAUGCUGGAUGAGAAGAUUCAAAAUGUAAGUUUUGGAGUUCAAAUAGAUUAGAUUGGAGAAUAAAUGACUAGGAAACUAGAAAUAUACCGUUGGACAUUUUGUGGACUGCUGUAUCAAAAUGUAUAUACUAUAUAUUUCGAA